AAGAGAUAGUGUUAUAUACAGUCUCGUAAUGGUCCAGCGGAACAAAAAUAUCAUGUCGAUAUGAAUCAUAAGUUGUCUGAUGAUGAUAAGUUAUAGUUAGAUAUUAUAUAGAUUAUCCAUCUAUUAAAGAAUUCAUAUUGUUACCUAUCUUAUAUUGCUACCUCGAGUCAUUAUAUUUAUAAUUAAAGAACAUAUUUACUAUUUGUUCAAAGAAUUAAGAGUUUACCUAUGAUAAGAGCCCGAAAUUUUCAGAGAUGUGCAAUUAGAUUCACUUCUAGCUCUAAUUAUUCACCAAUUACAUCACAUUCAUAUAUCUAUCAAGAUUUCUUAUCGAAGAGUAGUAAGGAAGAGAUUGCAAAGCAUUUAGAAAACUUAGGACCUUUCCCUACUUAUUCCAGUAUAUUGAAUCCUCAACAUUUCUAUCAAAAUGAAAUCUUAAUGGAAUUCCUGAAGAAAGGACCUCAUCCCGUAUCAUUAAGACAAUUGGCUGGGUAUGGUAACAAACUAACUAAACAGAAGAUUAUAAAUAGUGCUAACUUUGUUAGAAUCGAAUUACCUAUCAGAUUAGCCAUGAGAAUCCGAGAUUUACAAACUUUACCGUUUGGAGUGGUAAAUAAUUUCCAUUUGGCUCAAAUUUAUGAAAGUUAUUAUCAUCUGUUUAAUGCAUUUAGAAAGAUACCUGCUAUUUCAACCUUACAAGAAAAUGAUAAAUUUUGUGAAACUUUAUCAACUAUGCUUGAUGAUCAUGUCUUUAAUUUACCUCAUUUAAUGAUGGGUGGAUUGGAAGUUUCAAUUUUAAGAAAUUUACCUCAACAAGAAUUAGAUCAGUUCAUGAGUUCUAUGAUUAGAUCAAGAAUAAGUAGAAGAGUGAUUGUUGAAGAACAUUUAUCAUUAAGUGAAAAUUAUAAAAGAGAUCCUUAUGCUACUAAACCACCUCAUUAUAUUGGAGAAAUUUUCCAAAAUUGUAAUGCAGCUGAACAUUUUAGAAUAGUAGCCGAUGUAAUCAAGAAUUCAAUGCUUGAUAGAUAUGCUGAUAUUGACAAAAUGCCUGAUUUGGAAAUCGAAGGUGACACUUCUACAUCUUUCCCUUUUAUGGUUCCUCAUUUACAUUAUUUGAUUGGUGAAAUCUUAAGAAAUUCAUUUGAAGCAACCAUUCAAACUCAUGGUACCAUGACUUCUAAAAAAUUACCUCCUAUUACAGUUACAAUCAUAAAUUUGAAAAGAGAAGUUACGUUCAGAAUCUCAGAUAGAGGAGGAGGUAUUGGUCAUGAUAAAUUAAAAGGAAUCUGGUCAUUUGGGAAAAAUCCAGAAUUGGCUAGAAAGUCAUUAUCCAAUUUCCAUCGAAUUCCAGGAUUACAAUUAUAUUCAAAUUUAAAAGUCACCCCAGCUGGUUCAUCUAUUGUAAAUACCCCAGACUCAGCAGGAUUAUUGAAUCAAACUUCAUUAUCUGAUACAGAACAUUCUACCGAAACCAAAAAAUCAACUUUAGAAAACUUAACUACAAGACCAUUUGAGUAUAAAUUAGGUUUAGGUUUACCUAUGUCAAAGAUUUAUGCUGAUUAUUGGAAUGGUGAUUUAACCAUGAACUCCUUAGAAGGCUAUGGAAGUGAUACAAGUCUUACUUUAAGUAAGCUUGGAUUCCAUUCUAAUGUUAACCAAUUAGAUAGAGCUUAAGGUUUGUAUAUUUCUUGUAUAGAAUCAUCUCUUUCCACACACACUUUUAUGAAUAAACGAUAAAUUAUUUGAACUUACUUUAUU